UUGAAAUCAGUUCGACACUUGCGGUCGUCGCGUUCUAAUCGGUAAAGUUUUCGAAAUUUGUGUACGCUGUGGAAAGCACUCUGCUGGUGUGUCUUUGUGUUAGUGUAUCGGCAUUUGAAUUGAACACUGUGUAGUAGAGAUUUUUUGCGCGUGCGCGUUGGUGUACAUUAAAAGGUCCUUGUAGUAAGGAUCGAGUGUGAAUAUUGCAUUCUUGCGACUUUUCCUUGUUUUUAAUUAAACUUAAAGCGAAAAUAGUGAAAACAAAAUUGAAAAUUAUUAUUUUUUAAGAAGUUGUAAUGGAAGAUAGUGGAAUUUAAAUAGAGCAGAUAUUGAAAGUGACUCUCCCGCAAGUUGUAAAAUUUUAACAACGAAAAAUGAAGGCUCUGUGCCUUGCAUUGGCGCUACUCUGCGCAGUACAAUUACGUACUCAGGCCUACAGUGUCGGUAGUACAACGGGCUACUCAACCUCUUCACGCUACACAUCGUCCUCAUCGUCGUCCACGUCCUCAAGCGGUAGUGCCUCUUGUUGUCAAUUAAGUUCCUGGGCUUACGCACAUUACAAUGAGGUGCGUCAGUUUGCCAGUCAUCUGAGACUGGAGUAUAACUACAUGUCACAGGGAAGCAGCACUGGCCAUCGAACAUCAGGCGCACAGUGGGAUGCAAGCAUAAUCAACUUGACGGGCAAAACGUCCACCGAGUUAGAUGCCCUAGUGCGUCGUGUGAGCGAACAAUUGGUGACGGAUAUGCGUAAGGGGCUCUUGCCCUACACCACUAUUGUGGCGCCGAACUUUUUCGAAUCGAAAGCCGCCGAAACACUGGAGUCUGUGGUAGUGGACAGCGAUGAUUUUGAUCAGCAACAACAACAGCAACAAAUUGAAAUUGGACAUUUUCAACCAGUCGAUCUGUCGAAUUUCGAUGAGGUGCGCAACUAUGCGUAUCCAGCCGAAGUCAAGGUGAUCGACGGAAAAACCUAUGUAGUGCAUAAGAACUGCACGGAGGCCACCAAAGUUAGUGGUGAUGGCUCAUUUAGCAGCCCCAUGGUCACAGUACGCAGUCGUAAUCGCACCACAAUUACCUCAAGUGGCGGUAUGCCCACCUAUGGUUAUAGCAGUAAUGGCGGUUAUAGCAGUGGCUCUUUGGUUUCCGGUGGCGCAAGCAGUUAUCCUAGCCCAGUUUAUGGCCAACCAAGUGGUAGCAGCAGCACUACCACGACCGUCAGACAUAAGAUUUACGACUGGGCUAAUCAACACAUGGAACCUACUGUCAUGGGUUAUAAUUCGGUAGUAAACGUUGCCGGCUCGGAUUCGUACCAACCAGCCUCACGUAUACCAAUAACUGGAAGCUCGAAUGCAGAUGUGGAAACUUUUGGCGUUGGAAAUCAUUUGUACCGUCCGAAUUUAUCACCCGGUUCAACAGUGACUGUACGCCGUUACAACAAAACAAUCAUCACCAAUCCAGAUGGCACUAACACAGUUAGUGGCUCCGAGCUGAAUCGCAAGUGGGUUGAUGGUAAGCUUGUUUAUGACUCGCAGCGUCCGUUCGGUGAAUGGUCUGUACCACGUGGCGAAGCUUGGAAGCAGGAAGAGCGUGAACGUUUUUUCUGGUUCUUAACCCAAGGUAAUAUUACGCCACAGCGUCUGGAGGAGUGGCAGCGGCAGCAGGAGGAACGUCUACUGGCUAUGGCUGAACGUUAUCAAACAACAACUGAAGAUAUACAGGCAUGGCACCGUAGUGAAUUGGACCGUUAUCGUGUGUUGCUGGGCCAAUAUCAGGCUCAAAACCCCAAUCUAACUGGCUGGAAACGUACGGAAGCUGGUCGUUUAGACUGGUUGAUACACCAGAAUAGCGUGACGCGUGACGAGCUCGAACGUUGGCAGCGGGAGAAUAAUGACAAACUAGUCCAAUUAGCCCGCCAGUAUAAUAUCUCGUUGCAGGAGUUGAAGAAUUGGCAAAUUGAAGAAUUAAAUCGGCUUUAUGCUUACUUUAAUGAUCAAAACAACUCAAUGAUUUCAAGACCCAUCAAUUCUGGCUCUCUGCGUAGCAAUGAACAAGAGCGUUUGGAAGAGUUGAUACGCCAACAUAAUGCAACAAUUGCACACUUGCAGAACUCUAUACGCUUGGACCAACAAAAGCUCUCCGAUUUGGGUCAAAAAUAUCGUGGCAACGUGCAGGAUAUGCAAAAAUGGUUGAAGGAUGAAUUGGCACGUUUAAACGGUAUAAUCAACGAAAGCCGCAGCGAGGUGACACGCGUCACGGAGUGGCAACGCUCGGAGCGCGAGCGUCUCGAGAAUGUUGUUAAACAGCACCGCGGUUCAGUCGAAGAGCUCGAAGCACAAAUGGCACGAGAUCGUAAUCAAAUACAAGCACUGGCUGCGAAAUACCAUGUAAGUCUAGAAGAGCUUGAAAAAUGGCAGAGUGCGGAAUUGGAACGCUUACACAGCCAAAGUCAGACGAAACUCGAAAUGGAUAUCAAAGAAUGGCAGCAACGUGAACGUGAACGCCUUAAGGUCAUAGUGAAUACGAACGAUUUGACGAUUGAGGAAUUCCAAGCGAAGAUCAUGAGUGAUCGUUCGCGUCUUGAAGAUCUGGCGAAAACAUAUAAGAUUCAAGUCUCCGAGGUGGAGGAUUGGAUUAGAAAUGAAAUCAAGAACUUCCAGUCACAAGGUUUAUUAAAGGAAGUUGAGAAGGAGUUGGAAGCUUGGCAGCAGAAGGAGCGCGAGCGUUUGAACUCUAUUGUGCGGCAGAAUGAACUGACUGUUGAAGAGUUGGAGAAGAAAAUCAAGGAAGACCAAGCUCACUUAUAUAGCAUGGCCAACAUGUACCAGGUACGCGUAGAAGAGAUAGAGGAUUGGCUAAAGAAGGAAUUGUUGCGACUACAAGGUGAGGGUUUGGUUAAGGUAGAAGAUUUGAAGGACUGGCAGAAACAGGAACGCGAAGUCAUACUGAAAAUUGUGCAAGAGAACAAACUGACCAUUGAAGAAUUUGAGAAGAAGUUGCUUGCCGAUAGACGACGUCUGCAAGAGCUUUCUCAAAACUAUAAUGUGCAAACGUCCGAGAUUGAAGGCUGGAUCAAGAAGGAAGGAGAGCGUUUACAAAGUUUAGGCUUACUACAGAUACAAGAGCAGCUGAGUAACUGGCAAAAGAACGAACGUCAGCGUCUCCUGGAAUUGGUUAAUAAGAAUAAUCUAUCCAUCGAUGAACUUCAAGAGAAUAUCAAAAAAGAUCGUCAACAUGUUUACGCUCUGGCACAUCAGAACCAAGUGCGUGUUGAAGAGGUCGAGGAAUGGAUAAAGAACGAGAUACACAAACUACAGCAAGAAGGUUUAAUCGAGAUGGAGAAACUCAAAGAUUGGCAGUCCCUAUGGCGCGGUAACCUCACCAACAUGGUGAAAGAGCGUGACUUCACAGUCGAGGAGUUCCACAAAUGGUUGUUGGAGGACCGCAAGCGCUUGCAAGAUCUUGCUAUGCAACACAAUGUACAUAUCGAAGAGAUCGAACAAUGGGUGCGCAACGAAGAGCAACGUUUCAUCAGCAUGGGUUUGUUGAAACCCAAUGAGAAGCUUACCAACUGGCAAGAAGUCGAGCGACGUUACCUCGAACGCAUUACCCAGGAACAAUACCACUCCACGGAACAGUUAGAGCAACGUUUACGUCAAGAUCGCGAACUGCUCGAGAAAUUGGCUCGUGAUUAUAGCAUACAAGUCGAGGAAAUCGAGCAGUGGAUGAAAAAGGAGCUGGCACGUCUUCGUGAUGACGGCCAACUACAAAUCGACAACCUCACCGCUUGGCAAAUAGCCGAGCGAGAACGACUCGAAGAGCUUAUUAAACAAAACAAGGUAUGGAGUGUGGAAGAAUUCGAGAGUGUGUUGCGCGAGGAUCGCGAGCACAUGCAGAAAAUGGCUUUCCAGUAUCACACCUCGGUAGAGGAGAUCGAGAAGUGGAUACAAUCUGAGGUGGCACGACUACAGCAGCAGGGGAAACUGGAUAUAGAGAAACUCACUGAAUGGCAGAAGACGGAAAAUGCGCGAAUUUUGAGCUUGCUACAACAACAAUCCUCCAUCACGGUGGAAGAGUUUGAGCAGAAAGUGCAAAAGGACAAACGCUUCCUCAUCAAUCUGGCUAAUCAGUAUCAUGUUAGCGUAGUUGAGAUCGAGGCUUAUGUGAAGAAGGUUAUUGACGAUCUGCGCAAUAAGGGUAAAUUUGAGGUGGAGAAUCUGCAGACUUGGCAGAUAGUUGAGCGUGACUACAUCAAGCAACUGAUUGGCCAAUACAAAAAUGAACUUUCAACUGCUGAUUAUGAACAAAAACUGCUCGCAGAUCGUGCGCAUUUACGUCAGCUCUCCGACCAGUAUCGCAUUAACAUCGCCCAAAUCGAGAAGUGGAUGAUUGAGGAGCUGAAACGCUUGAGAAAAGACUCAGCCGAUCACGUGCAAAAGCUGGCCGAGUGGCAAGUUGCUGAGGCUCAACGUUUGAAGGAGCUCAUUCGUCAGAAUAAUCGUUUGAGUUAUGUGGAAUUCGAAGUUGAACUCAACAAGGAGCGCCAACGCUUGCAGGAGCUUGCGAAGCAAUAUUCGAUUAGUGUUGAAGAAGUCGAGGUGUGGUUACGCCAACAACUUGUAAAUCUGAAGACAACUGGACAAAUACAGGUCGAGAACCUUACACAGUGGCAGACUGACGAGCAGGAACGUUUGAUUGAAAUGCUGCUGCAGCAACAGAAUACUGUCAGCUAUGACGAGUUCGAAGCUCAGUUACGUCGAGAUCGUGAGCAUCUGCAACAGCUGGCACGCGAGUAUAGCGUGAGUGUGGAGCAAAUUGAGAUGUGGAUGCGAGAUGAACUGCAGCGCUUGAAGAACUCUGGUCUACUGCAGGUCGAACAGCUAACUCAGUGGCAGAAGACGGAACGCGAUCGAUUACAAGAUUGGUUGAAUCAGCAAAAUAAUGCCACGACCUACGAAGAGUUCAAUGAGUUUCUGCGCCGCGAUAAGGCGCGUUUGGAACGUAUUGCACAAGAUUAUCAUGUCACCGUCGAGGAAGUAGAGUCAUGGGUACAGCAGGAGGGUGCACGUCUGCAAAUUCUCGGACUUAUUCAACGCCCACAGAGCUACACAGUCUAUGAAGAACAUAAUAUCAACGAUGACGGUUGGAAAAUCUAUACUUUAGCGCAUCUUAAGGCGAUCGCCCAAACACAGGGCAUGACUUGGCAAGAAUUCGAGGCAUAUUUAGCUAACGAACGCAUGCGUUGGGAGCAAUUUGCACGACAAUACAAUGUGAGUGUUGAAGAGAUCGAGCAGUAUUUACGCGGCGAAGCUCAAAAGCUCAAUCAAGAGGGUCUGAUAACCGGAUCCGUGACUAUUGAGGAAUGGGAGAUAUUUGAAAAUCAACGCAUUCAAAAUCUAAUUAACGAACGGCUUCGUAAGCAGCAACGUUGGUCGAUUGAAGAGCUUGAACGUCAGUUGAAGGAAGAUCAAGAGCAUUUACGCAAACUCGCUCUACAAUAUCAUCUAACCGUCGAGGAAGUGGAAGCGUGGUAUAAGCAGCAGCUACAACGUCUACUUGAUCAGAACAAGAUCAUAUCCGAGCAUUUAGUUGACUGGCAACGUCGUGAAAAGGAGCGGCUCUAUCGGAUUGUCACACGUCAACCUGGCGUGACAGUCGAAGUAUGGGAGGAUCAAAUUUUGCAUGAUCGUACUACGCUGAACAAUUUGGCUGACGAGUAUCAUGUCAGUAUUGAAGAACUUGAGUCCUGGAUUAGCAAUGAGUUGAGACGUCUAAGCGACUUGGGUCUUGUACGGGAUCGGCAUCAGUCGUUUGACUACAAUAACUGGCAGAGACAAGAGCGUGAACGUUUAAGAGCCAUUGCUGCUGAAAUUAGCAUUACUCAGAUUGAGUUCCUUGAAUACAUAGCAGCUGACAAUGACUACCAAAAUCGUUUGGCUCAACUUUACGGUACCACACUCGAACAGCUUGCGCCCUUCCAGCGCAUCGAAAUCGACCACAUGCAACGUGAAGGUCUACUGGAUAACAUUAAACUGCUGACGCUGGAGAAAUGGCAGAAACGUGAACGCGAUCGUCUUUAUAAUUUGAUUCGAAAUCAGAACUUUAGCUUAAAGAACCUACGCAAUUGGCAGCGUCAAGACAUUGUACUCAAUGAGUUGGCAGCUAGCUAUGGCAUCACUACACAAGCACUGAAGGACUGGCAAAUCAAAGAGUUUGAACGUUUUCUACGCCUGGCGGAACACUACGGCUGGCAAUUGAAUCAACUGCAAAGCUUCCGCGAGAAGGAACUUCGUUACAUUGAUUUUGUCAUGCAUAAGAAAACGACCAAUGAAGCCGAGCGUAUAAAGUGGGGUGCCGAGGAGGCCAGACGUAUGGCUGACUUAGAGCGCAAGUCGGGUUUAAAGAAUGAAGAGUUGCUCGAAUGGCGUCGUAUUCUCUAUCUAUUGGCUCAAGGCUUGCUACCAAUGGACUCUAGCACUGGAUUCGGUGGGUACGAGAUUGGCGCUGGCUCAACCAAUCGCACUGCUUGGCCACAUCAAGUGAUCUCAAAGGAUCGUGGUGAUCAGCCGCCCCAUGUGUACGAUGAAAACGCCGAUGCCGAGGAGCCCGGCCUGGCUGGUCAAGAUAAUAAUUUGUACCCACCACCAGCGGCAGCCAUGAAAGUUGAGCCGACCACACAAUAUCCAGCAUACUCAAGGCCGGCAGUUUCCUUUUUACCACCCAGUGGUCCCGCAGGUGAACGUACUAGUGGUUACCGUUAUAGAAAACAGGAAUAUAAAUUUACGGUGCCGGCGGCGGAUAGUGUUAAUGAUGCUAGCAGCAGUGCGGUAACAGCAAAUUCUGGACGUGCACGUUAUGGCCGUGAACGUGAUUUUAAUACACAACAACAACAGGUAGCAAAUGACUACGGCCAACAGCAACAAGUGGAGGUGGGUUGGAACGGCAAGUUGGAGGAUGGCGGCCAACAACAAGAAGUUGAUCUAGGCUGGAAUGGUCAACAACAAGUACAAGGUGGUUACGCACGUGGCGGCUCUUCGGGUUAUACAUCUGGCUCGUCUUCUGCUUCUUCGUCGUCCACUGCCUCAUCAACUGGCUCAUCGUCGCAUAGUUAUACUGCGGGCUCUCGCGGUUAUGGUCACACGAGCCAAGGCGGCUAUGGCCAUCGGUGGCAACAACAGCAACAGCAACAAGCAGAUGACUUUGGUCAACAACAACAGCAGCAAUUCGAAGACCUUGGUCAACAACAACAAGUUGAACUGGGCGAUUACAAACAACAAGACUGGGAUCGUCAGCAACAACAGCAACAGGAAGAUGUGCAGGUUGAAGAUUUGGAAGGCACUUUUGUUGGGGCCCAUCAUGGCGCCACCCAGAAACAGGUGUCAAGCACAGAACCUACUGCGCAAAUUGAAGUGACUGCUGAACCUGAAAAUACUGGCUUGUGGAGUUCGUUCAAGAAGAAGGCAUCGGGUCUCUUCGGCUAGUUUUGUUGCUCUCUCAAAAAAAUAAAAUAAAAUACUUUACAUUAGUUUAUAACUUCAAGGAAACGAAAAAUCGAUUUUAGUUUGCUCACUAAUUUUCUUUAGUUGUUGUUAUUUUAAAUUUAUAGCGCUUUUUGAUUUGUUUUUUGUUUUUAUAAAUAACGUGUCAUACUUUAAUUUUUUUUAUAUAAUAUCUUUUAAUUAUUUUAGGUACUAAGUUCUAUAAAUAUGUACUGAAAAUACAUAAGCGAAUAUUAAACGA